CCCAUGGAUCGGCUAGAAUUCCCAGAAGGACAAGUCUCUCUUUUUUUUCUUCCCCCAAUGAGGCGGACUCGUUUGCCUUCCCACUCCUCCACCUCCUCUCCUCCAACUUCUUCCUCCUCCUCUCCCAUCAAGAAAACUAUUGUUAGAACGAAAUUUAUCACAAAGAGAGCCUUGAUCGAGCGAUGCCGAUCCACUGCUUUCACGGUCGAAGACGCGCUCGAUUUGUUCAACGCCGCGGUGAGUGCCGAUCCCAUGCCCUCCAUCUACUCCAUCAACCUCCUCCUCAGUGCUAUCGCCAGAAUGAAGCACUACCCAGUCGUGAUCUCUCUCUGCAAGAAGCUAAAUCUUUUAUCAGGAAUCCAGCCAAAUACAUGCACUUAUAGCAUCGUGAUCAGCUCCUGCUGCCGAAUGAGCUCUGUGAACCUGGGCUUCGGCUUCUUAGGAGGCCUCCUCAAACGUGGCCUCUCUCCCACGACCGUUAUCUUCAACUCUCUCAUCGAUGGCCUCGGCACCGAGAAAAAGGUCGGGGAGGCAGCCAUGCUGUUCGAUAAAAUGUCUUUGAUGGGAUGCCAGCCGAACGUGGUCUCAUGCAAUGCUCUCAUCAAGGGGCUCUGCAACACCGGCAGUACUGCUUUGGCACUGGAGCUUCACCAGAAAAUGGCCAUGCUGGGAGAUAGUUGCAGGCCUGACAUAAUAACGUACAACACUAUUAUCCACUACCUUUGCAAAGAGGGACAUGUGAGCGAUGCCUGCAAACUGCUUGAGGAAAUGAGUUGUGUGGGUAUUAAACCGGAUGUUCGUACUUACACCAGCAUUAUUUAUGGACAUUCCACUUUAGGCCACUGGAAGCAGGCUGUUGGUAUUUUCAAGGAGAUGAUUGAUCGGCGCCUUUCACCAGAUGUGGUGACAUUCAACAUGCUGAUGGAUUCACUUUCCAAGCAUGAGAAGACUGGACAAGCCCAUAAAUUAUUAGAUUUGAUGAAGGAAAGAGGUGAAAAGCCUGAUGUAAUCUCAUAUAGUAUAUUGGUGCGAGGAUAUUGUCAAGAAGGCCAUCUCGCUAAUGCUACAGAAGUCUUCGAUUCCAUGUUGGUUAAAGGUCCUGCUCCCGACAGUUGUACGUACUCUGUCUUGAUUAAUGGAUUUGUCAAGAAUCAAAAAAUGGAUGAGGCCAUCGAGCUAUUCAACAAAAUGCAGCAACGAGGAAUAAAGCCUAAUACUAUUAUCUAUGGUACUGUACUUGAUGGACUAUGCCACCUUGGAAAAAUGGAAGAUGUUCGAGGCCUUCUUGAUGAAAUGAUGAGUCGAGGAAUACAUCCAGAUGUCGUCACUUAUACCUCUAUAAUGUGUGGAUUUUGUAGAUUAGGGAAGUGGAAAGAAGCUCAUCAGUUUCUUUAUGAAAUGACAGAACAACAAAUUCAUCCUAAUGUCGUGACAUUCAAUGCAUUGAUUGAUGCCUUUUGUAAAGAAGGAAUGGUUCAAGAGGCACAUGGAUUGCUGGAAGUGAUGAUCUGUAGAGGUAUAGAGCCUGAUGUAGUAACUUAUAGUACACUAAUGGAUGGUUACACUAUGGUAGGACAACUGAAUGAUGCAGUGAGAGUUUUUGAUUUAAUGGUUUUGAAAGGCCAUGAACCCAAUGCUUUUACGUACAACAUAUUAAUUGACAGCUAUAGUAAAAGUGGGAAGAUUGAUGAGGCUUUGAGUCUCUUUAAUGCAAUGCCUCAUAAAGGAGUACAGCAUACAGUCAUUACAUACAACACCAUGUUAGCUGGAUUAUAUCAUGUUGGUAGAGUUGCUGAUGCAGAAAAAUUGCGCAACAAGAUGCUUGCUGCUGGGAUAUGCCCUAGUCUUCACACAUAUAGCAUAAUCUUGGAUGGGCUUGGCAAAAACCAAUAUAUUGAUGAAGCUAUGAAGCUAUUUCAAGGUGCAUUAUCUUCUAAUGUUAACCUCGACAUUGUCUGUUUCAAUAUCAUGAUUGAUGGUUUGGUCAAAGCGGGAAUGUUCAAAGCGGCCAAAGAUAUCUUCAAUACUAUCCAUACCAAAGAUUUGAAACCAGAUGUUAUUACUUUCAACAUAAUGAUAAAUGGACUCAUGAAGGAAGGGUGGUUUGACGAAGCUAGUAACUUGCUCUUGCAUAUGGAGAAUUCUGGUUGUCCUGCAAAUUCGACCACAUUCAAUACCAUUAUUUAUGGUUUGCUGGAGAAAGAGGAGAUAGAAAGGGCAAUAGAUAUGAUUCGGAAGAUGAAGGAUAGAGGAUUUUCUCUUGGGGCAUCAACUGCUUCUCAGAUAUUUAAUUUGUUCUCAAAGGAUGGGCAAUAUCAUGAAUAUCUGAAGUUGCUUCCAGAUUUUUAUCAGCAUGGUUCAAAGUGAUGAGAGCAACAUAUACAUUGAAUUGGGCUUUUGAUGAUUGUAUUUUGCACAUGUACAUUUCUUGUGCUCCAUUUUGCUUGGGCCUUCAUCAUGUUCAAUUUAUACUGAUCCUCUGAACGGGAAAUUAAACCUCUUAGGUGUUCUUUCAACAAUUGAAGAGAAAUUUCUAGGACCAAGUUCUUGAUGUCAGUGGUCUGCUCUGGUGGCUGUUUAAGUGAACUGAGAAACUAAUUGUGAUAGGGAUCAGGGACUGUUUCAGCCAACCAUUCAAGGCUUGCAAUGAGAGAAGCUUGACGUGAGCAGGAUGAUCAUGCUAUUGUCAGGCAGCAUGAGUGAUGGGUUCCGCAUCAUCAGAACAUAAUACCAGAGUUGUGGUUGCUGCUACGAGAGAGGAACAAAUCCAUCUAUUACAAGACCAAACCGAAUCCUGAAAGGAAUUUUGCUGCCCUUCCACCCUAGCGUGCAACCUACAAGUGCACCUAGUACUAAGUAAUCGCAUUUGUAAUCCUGGUUCGCAGCAGAAUUUGUACCAUGGUUUGGUUUUUAGGUACCUUCACAAUUUAUUUGAAUAUCCUCAGAAAUUAGAUA